GGCGCCAGUAUGGUAGCCCCCGUGCCGCUGUGUUGAGUGUCCGGUGCUGAGAGCAGGCGUGUGCGGGUUGUGCCGGUGAGCAGUUUGGGACUGAGAGCGCUGAGAGCGGGGCAGAGCGGGGCUUUCUGCGGGUGAUCGGUCCUCUCCACUCACCAACAUGUCCUACUGCAAACAGGAAGGUAAAGAUCAGAUCAUCUUUGUGACCAAGGAGGACCACGAGGCCCCAAGUAAUGCCGAGCUGGUAGAAGAUGACCCUAACGAUCCUUAUGAAGAUCACGGUCUGAUUCUACCCAAUGGGGACAUAAACUGGAAUUGCCCGUGCCUGGGCGGGAUGGCCAGUGGUCCCUGCGGUCAGCAGUUCAAAGACGCCUUCUCCUGUUUCCACAACAGCAAAGAGGAGGUUAAGGGCUCUGAGUGCAUAGAUUUUUUCCGAGGCAUGCAGGAGUGCAUGCAGAAAUACCCUGAACUGUACCCGCAGGAGGACGACAACGAGAGCGCCCCCUCUGGGGAGGCGGAGGCAGAGGCGGUGCUGCCUGCCGACUCCACAAGCUCUGACUCUGUUUCUGCUUCUGUUCCUACCUCAGAGGAAGUAGCGUCUGGAACAGAAAGCCCAGCUACCAGCUAAUGUCACACACACUUUAACUCUCGGCCUGUUGAUCUGAAUCUUGAUCUCACUGCUACUCUUUGACUUACACAGAGUCUCACACACACACACACACACACACACACACACACACACACACACACACACACACAACUACACACCCGGACCGACUGCCUCACCUGCCUUCAGGAUGAUUACACCGAUGAUUAAAAAGACGAAGACGAAGCUGCUGAGGAACUCUCACCUCUUAAAGACACUUAAAAAGAAGCAGACUGACGAUAAUAAUAAUAACAAUAAUAAUAGUAAUAAUAAUGAAGAAAUAUAGUUAAAGUAUACUAUUAUAGGGGCAUCCGUGGAUUGAUGUGCUCUUAAAUAAAUAUUACACAUCUG